CACUUUCAUCACUGCAUCUUCAACUUUGGCAUCAAGUCAACAACUGGCGACUCCCAACUCCAUCGAACGACCAACAACCGAUUUUCAGCUUCUCAUCCGAACCAUAUCGCGGAACCAUAAACACAACAAUUACAAAUAACCAAGCAACUCCAUCUACAAUUCUGUCACAAUGGCGGCCGAGGUUGCCAACAGCGCCGCCAAUGGCCCUGGCACUGACGCCAACCCGCUCGAGAUCAUGAUCCGCGAGAACGCCAGGAAAACGAAACUCAUCUACUCCGCCACAACCACACCCACAGAUGCUUCUGGCACCUCCGGGAGAAAGCGUCUAAAACUCGACCCCGGGCUUGCGUCAGAAGAUCCCGAUAUCACCAAGACCGGCCUCUCUCUCCGUCUCCACGCCGAGUACAGCGACGUCCAGACACUCCCCGAAGCCAUUGCCUCCAAGUUGCCAGCCGGCGGACCACGCAAAAAGAAGGCCAAGCUAGCCAUCGAAGAGGCCCCCUCAAAAUCCGAAGAACACGCCCGCAAACUCAUCGAGGGCAUCCCGCCGAGCAAGUCCGCUGCCGCCGCCAACUCGAAUGCCCUGGUCCUCUCGCGCAGCAAGCCCGGCGCUGGCGCGGGUGCGUCAACAACCAGGCCGAAUGCGCAACGAAACGAACCCCAAACAAACAGCCUGGCGCGGCGAUCCGACGUGUUGGCACAGCCCAGGCCAGAUUGGCACCCGCCUUGGAAGCUUCUCAAGGUGCUUUCGGGCCAUCUGGGAUGGGUGCGUGCCUUGGCAGUAGAACCGGACAACAAGUGGUUCGCCUCGGGCGCGGGCGAUCGUACCAUCAAGAUCUGGGACUUGGCGUCAGGAGCCUUGAAGUUGACCCUCACUGGACAUAUUUCGACAGUUCGCGGGCUGGCUGUGUCGCCGAGACACCCGUACUUGUUCUCGUGCGGUGAGGAUAAGAUGGUCAAGUGCUGGGAUUUGGAAACGAACAAGGUUAUCCGACAUUAUCACGGCCAUCUCAGUGGUGUCUAUACACUCGCGCUGCAUCCUACACUGGAUGUUCUGGUAACAGGCGGUCGCGACGGUGUGGCUCGCGUAUGGGAUAUGCGGACAAGAAGCAACAUCCACGUUCUCUCUGGGCACACGGGCACAGUAGCGGAUCUUGUCUGCCAGGAGGCCGAUCCUCAGGUUAUCACAGCCAGCUUGGACUCGACCGUCCGCAUGUGGGAUCUGGCGGCCGGCAAGACGAUGGGCGUCUUGACACAUCACAAGAAGGGUGUGCGAGCGUUGACGACUCAUCCAACCGAGUUCACGUUCGCGACGGGUAGCACGGGCAGCAUCAAGCAGUGGAAGUGCCCUGAGGGUGCCUUUAUGCAGAACUUCGAGGGACACAACGCCAUCAUCAACACGCUAUCUGUGAACGAUCAGAACGUCAUGUUCUCUGGUGGCGACAACGGUUCGAUGAGCUUCUGGGAUUGGAAGUCUGGCCAUCGCUUCCAGGCUCUUGAUACGACUGCUCAGCCGGGUUCGCUCGAUGCUGAGUCGGGUAUUAUGAGCUCGACCUUUGACAAGUCUGGAGCCCGCUUGAUUUGCGGCGAAGCGGACAAGACCAUCAAAAUCUGGGGUGAAGACCUGAGCGCGACACCAGAGUCGCAUCCCCUCGAGUGGAAGCCAACGUUGGCCAGGCGGAAGUUUUGAGCAUCGUGAACGGCGAGGAAGGCAGAUUCUGUUACUCGAGGGUGGUGGGUGCCUUUCUGGCUCUGGGCGCCAAGGCUCUUCCACCCUCUCCUCAUAAGGAGAGGGUGGCAGAAAUUUGGGACAUAAAAUAAAUAUGGGACACGGCCAUUUGUAUGGGAUUUCAUGGUGACCCAGAUUAACCUUUCUCACAACGCCAUCAUUCUUCAAAAUAUCAAGAUGCAUCUUUGUAGACAGAUAGUCCUAAGCAUUGGUAUAUCAUUCCAUCUCUCAGCGAUGAAUUUGGAGUUAGUUUAGCUAAGAAACUUUCAAUAUCAUUUUCGCUCCC